AUGAAUGUACUUGGAGUUUACAAUGAAGUCUAUCGUAUAUGUGAACGGUAUGAAGACAUGGUUGCUUUAAAACGUUUGCAUGGUACAAACGAUUUGACCGAAGCAUUCUUAAACGAGGAUGAAAUUAUAGACAAAUUAAAAGGUUAUGAUGAUGUUUUAUCAUCUGCUGAAAAACAAGUGAAUCAUCCUCAAGCUAUAUAUACUAGCAGAUUGAUAAUGACUUGCGAUUCCUUGGAUAAUCUAAGAAUAUGA